AUGGAUGAACGACCUUUUGAACAUGAAUUUUUUCUUCGAAUUGCUCAAUCAUUUCCGUUGAUGGAAAAAUUAAAGGUAGUUAAUGAGACGCCACAAAAGAACAAAUUAUGUAGUCAAUCAAAACACGAUAAUCAAGAUUUAUCAAUUAUUAAAUAUCCUCAUCUUAAUGACCUUAUACCUUAUGAAGUUCAUGAUGAUUAUAUCGAACAAUUUCUAGUUGAUGCGAAAAUGUGUUUGCUGAAUCAUGUUAAUCUUUCUAUCGAAUAUGAACCACUUAAAAGAGUGACACAUAAUUUUACAAGAAAUGCAACACGAUCUAAUUGUGCAAAAUUGAAUUCUUUAUAUUUGAAUGGUAAACAUCGAGCUCGUAAAGUUCUAAAAACGUAUUUUCCUCACGCAGAAAUAUUGUAA